UCAACCGCCCAAGCACUACCGCCCUACGAGACCCGUACAACAGGUAAAAUGAUGCGAGCAGCGGGUGCAGUGGCUUUGGCUGUGGCCACACUGCUGGUCUGUUGCAGUGCCGAUCUUCAUCAGGAUCAAGAUAUGGGUGUCGGUGAACACCGCACUGGAGACUACGACAACAAUGACUCUAGGCAAAAAGAAGAAGUGGAGAACUUUUUGAGAUUUCUUAUGCAAUACGAAAACCAAAAUGGAGAUAAAAAAUACAAUUAUGGACGUAUUGGCGGCAGUACUUUACUUGGAAGAGAUAUAAACUCUUAUGAUAGCGGUUCUCUUGGGAGGGUAUCCGGUGGAUUAGGUGGAUCUACACUUCUCGGAAGAAGCAUUGAUUCUGAUACAAGACAUUUCAAUAGAAUCGGAGGAUCGACUCUUUUAGGAAGAAAUGUUGACUACAAAAUGCCAUACGCUAGAUUUCUCGAUCCCCUUGGAGGCGGUAACUUCGUUCGCAAUCUUGAUCCUAUUGGAGGAGGAAAUUUAGUAAGGAACUUGGACUCUAUCGGAGGUAGUAACUUCGUCAAGAAGAACCUUGAUCAAAUUGGAGGACCCAAUCUAGUCAAAAGAACCCUAGAUUCCUUGGGAGGCGGAAAUUUCCCACGUAAUUUGGACGCUCUCGGCGGCGGACAUUUAGCCCGCGAAGUUAGAGAGUUACGCCGAUUCCCUUAUUUCAUGGGUAGGAGGUUCGAAUAUGGAAGUCCUUAUGGGGGUAAGCGCGAUCCGUGGCCCCUUGCAUCUCCAAUCGAGUACGGAUAUUACGGAGAGGGACUUCCCAAGCGCAAUUUCGACGAGAUUGACCGGUCUAACUUGGAUAACUUCGUGAAGAAGCGCAACUUCGACGAAAUCGAUCAUACUUCAAUGCCCUUCCCAUUCAAGCGCUUCUAUCAUCUCUAUGGACCCAACAACUUGGAUACACCAGUAUCCAGUUUCGACAAGAAGAGAUACAGACCAGACUACCCCAUGGAUGAGAUCGACCUCUCCCAAUUCCCCAUCGGAUCAAAGCGCGCCUACGAAUUCCCCGCCGCGCACCCUCUACGAUAAAUUCUAAAUCGAGCAAUACCCAAACUUUCAAAGUAUCGACAAUUCAUAUUUUUCGUUUAUCUGUCACGUGUCUUAUAUAUUUUAGUAAAACCAGUUGUUAUAAGUUCAAUGUAAAAUUUUAUCCCCACUUAGAGUUCCCGUACGUGACUGAACUUCGUAAUUAUGAAAAAUUCGUAAUCCAAAGAUAUCUCCAAAUAUUCGAAAAGUAGCUCUUAAUAAAUAACGAUAUUAAAUAGUGUAAAUG